AUGGAACAGGUCUGCUUCUUCGGAUACUUUGAUGGAACCAAUGAAACAAUGGAAUGUAAUGUAGAACUGGCAGGAUCUGAUAUCUGUGAAUAUCCUGACCCACAGACGGGAGAGUCAUGGUUCUGCAAGAAGCCAAAACAGAUUCCCUGCAACGCAUAUAAGGGACAUUCAUCAGGACCAACACGAAACGUUCUUACUCCAGAAGAAGCCUCAUUGCUAGAUACGUCUGUAAAGGAGAAGCCGAUUUCAUCCAAAGUUGAAGCAUUUAUGGUGUUGCCCCCAAAAAACAACAACACGGAUUAUAGGGGAAUUUGCUCCUCGGGGCUUCCAAUCCCAGAGCCUUCUGGGUUCUAUUACCAGGACUUGUGGCAGUCCCGUGUCUGCAGGAACAGAGCUUUCCCGACUCCUCCUGACGUUACUGACUGUCUAUCCGGGAAGGUCAUUUAUAUGUUUGGGGACUCAACGACUCAUCAGUGGUGGGAUUUUCUGUUGAGUUUUAUUCCAAGAAAUGAAAACCUGGGUGACUAG